CCAUAAUUAGAAGUUGAGUAACUGUCUUUUAAACUAACAAAUUCAAAACUUGCUAAACUUAGAGUGAAAGAAAAGAAAAAGAGAGAAAAUGGCAUCAGCACAAGAAGAGAGUAGGAAAGAGUUGGAUGCAAGGGCUAGGCAGGGUGAGACUGUUAUUCCUGGUGGUACUGGUGGCAAGUCACUUGAAGCCCAAGAGCACCUUGCUGAAGGAAGGAGCAGGGGAGGACAGACAAGAAGGGAGCAGCUAGGACACGAAGGAUACCAGGAGCUUGGCACCAAGGGUGGUCAGACUCGGAAGGACCAAAUGGGUACCGAAGGCUACAGUGAAAUGGGCCGCAAGGGUGGACUCAGCACCAUGGACCAAUCCGGCGAGGAGCGAGCUCAGGAGAAAGGCAUCGAUAUCGACGAGUCCAAGUUCCGUACUCGCUCCUAAUCAAUCAAUCCUCUUCGUUAACCUUGCACUGGUGUUGCUCAACUCAAACCACAUUUUCCCUUAAAACACUUAAGUUACACUCUAGUACGUAGUUAUGUAAUAAAAUGUAUGUUACACCUUUUUAGUUAACUUUAGGUACGGUAGUUGUUAUAACUAGUACGUAGUUUCAGCACGGAUGUUUUCCCGUUUUUGAAACCCCACUGUUACCGUGCUAAUGUAGCCUGUAAAUGGCUUGGUGUCGGAUGACUUUUUAUUAAUAUCUCAAGUUUUUUAUUCGUUUUCGUGCAA